AUGUCUAAUUUGUAUGGAGAUUACAAUCAAAAGAUCGAUUACGUCUUCAAAGUCGUGUUGAUCGGUGAUUCCGCGGUUGGGAAAACUCAGCUGCUUGCUCGGUUCGCUAGGAACGAGUUUAGCGUCGAUUCUAAAGCAACAAUUGGUGUCGAAUUCCAGACUAAAACGCUCGUCAUCGAUAAUAAAACCGUCAAAGCUCAGAUUUGGGAUACGGCUGGUCAAGAAAGAUACCGGGCGGUGACAAGCGCGUAUUACCGUGGAGCGGUUGGGGCAAUGUUGGUCUAUGACAUGACCAAACGUCAAUCAUUUGAUCACAUGGCGAAAUGGCUGGAAGAAUUAAGAGGACAUGCAGACAAAAACAUAGUGAUUAUGCUAAUUGGAAACAAAUGUGAUCUUGGAAGCCUAAGAGCAGUGCCAACAGAAGACGCACAAGAGUUUGCGCAAAGAGAAAACUUGUUCUUCAUGGAAACCUCCGCCCUUGAAGCUACUAAUGUUGAAACCGCGUUUUUGACGAUCUUAACAGAGAUUUAUCGUAUAAUCAGCAAGAAAUCAUUAACAGCUGAUGAUGAUGAUGCAGAUGGGAAUUCAAGUCUCUUAAAGGGAACUAGAAUUAUCAUCCCGAGUGAGCAGGAGAGUGGGAAAAGAGGUGGAUGUUGUGGAAAAUCUUGA